CCAUAUAUUUAUUACUAUGGAACUUAUAUCCGUAUUCAUAGUCGUUCCUCAAUUCUCAAGGGUAGUUUGUCUUUGUCUCGCGUAUGGUAAAACGUAGUAGCGAGACAAAGACAGACUAACCUUGAGAAUUGAGGAACGACUAUGAAUACGGAUAUUAUUGUUAAAGUACUUGUGUAACGAAAGUAUGACAGCUAUCAUACUCUCGUUACAUAAGUAAAUACUAUUAUCACACUAAAUAAUUAUAUCUAUCGCGCGGAGGCGGUGGUUCCCAUUCUGAUUGCGCGCGUUCCUAAACUCGCAUGGUGAAACCAGGUGAAAUUCAGCCUUCCGUUGCAGUCGUAGAGACUCGACUGCCGCCUUCUGGAGGAUGAAGAGGAACAAGAAGGCGCUGGACAUUCGGUAUCCUGAGUUAAGGUAUCCUAAUGUUAAGAAUAACAAUAAAUACGGCGGCACGUCCGUUACUCUAGAUACACGCGACGAGAGCCAUGUACACAAAGGUGUAUUACUUGGUGCUCAGAGUAAUUCGAAGAAUCUCAUCAGUUCAGAGCUCAGCGAGCAGAGAUUCGAAAGUAUCGAACGACAGACAAAUGUAGAGAGAAAGAACAUAGCGAGGAGAUGUGAGACGAAUUUAAGUAGUAAUUUAAAUAACGAAGUACCUGAAUCUUGCAAGUUCGCUGCUUUGCAGGAUGCAACUGAAUUAACACCCAAAUGUCUUAGUAAAAGAGCAAGUCUAGAUUGUGCGCCAAAGACAUUUUCUCGAAAGAAGCAGUUAGCCUCCGUUAAACCAGAAACGUCCGUGUCUUUUACCUCCACAGACUAUGUUUCCGGUUUAUCGCAGUUAACGUUAGAUAGCGGUACGAGCGCUGUGCGUAAUUCGCAUAGAGAGAUUGCUGUUGGCUUAAUUUAUAACAAGAAUGUACCUGAUAAAAGUAAAAGGGCUUUCAGCCAGGGCAAAAUUAAUGAUCGCGUUGUAUCAAAUAAUUUUUCUCAAUUAACUCAUGAUAGUAUUACGAAGGACCGAGAAGCUAAGGAAGUCGAGAAUGGCGUAACUGCACUACCAGCUAGACCAACAAGAUCACUGCCUGCAGAUUUGAAAGCUGCUGUCGAACGUAAUGACGAGAAAGAGUCGAGAUUAGUUCAAGCUAAAUUGCCGAAUUUGACGCAAUCAUUCACGGAGACAAUGCCAUCGACGACGGCAAAUGACGAUCCGAAGUCGACGAGAAAAUGUACGAAGCUUGUAACUGGGAAACAAGUCUCGUUUCAUCCGGACACAAAUGUACGUAAGAUUGUAUGUACACGUUAUGAAGCAAAUGAAAAGAACCAUGUACAGAACGAAGAAAUACAUAAACAUACGGCAAGUGAGAUGAAAGAUGACGAACAAAGCCAGCUAUCUGUAGUACCAAGUGUCGUCAAGAGAAAAAGGGGAAGACCUAAAAAAAUUAGAGAUGAUUCUAUCGAUCAGAGCACUCCAAAAAAAAUCAAGGGCGACGAUACCUUGCAAGAGAUUCCCGAUACCCUUACCGAAGCCAUGCCACGCACGAGGCGCGCUAGUAAAAUUAAGUUUUCCAAUAUGAGUGAUUCAAGUUGUGAUAGCGCGGAGGACGAAACUUUCGUCGUUAGACGAGGUCGACCACCUGGUUCUACAGGCCAGGAACGUGGACGCGGUCGAGGCCGAGGUCGAGGACGAGGACGAGGACGAGGGCGCGGUAGGGGAACGUCGCAAAGUUCCUUGGAUGCCGAGUACAUUCCUAGGUUAGCAACGAAGGAUGUUUCUCUAUCGAGAACAAAGGAGAGUAACAAAGUAGACGACACAGAUGCGACGGCAGCUUCGAACAUUGACAAAGUUGAACAAUUGGUGACUUGCGCCAAGUGCGACCAAGAAGUACCGAAGAAACAGUGGCCCUUGCAUAAAUUACAUCAACAUAAUAACAUGGCUUGGCGAAAGGAUGAGGAGCCAUUGGACUUUGAGAAUGACGAGAAAUUGUUGAAGAAAGUAUUGACUGCCGCUAUGAAGCAGAAAAAGAAGUUCCUGACUUGUGAAAAGUGUGAAGUUAUGAAACGGAGUGUCGCGGGUUUUAUGUCGCAUCUGCAAUUUUGCGGUAAAUCCGAACAAGAAAGGCAAGCAUUAAUGAUCAUAUGUCCUAUCUGCGAUGCACGUAUGAUGCCUUCCUCCGUGGAAGUACACGAACGGUACCACAGACAACAGGAACAGAGUAAAAAUGAAGCAAGUCUACUAAUCGAAAAAACUAGACGGAAAGCGGCAGAGAAGGCGAUACCAAAGAUAUUGGAAUUCACCGAAUUGUUGAAGGACAAAAUUCGACACUCGAAUAUAAUACGAACACCCGGAAAGAAACAUAUACCGAGUGUUUGGAAAUCUAUGUGGGACAAGGAAUUAGCUUCAAAAGGAAACGCAUCUUGCAAACACGUAGGAUGUACUUACUCGUGCUCCUCUUACGAAACUAUCUGCGAACAUUAUUAUCAAUGUGAAUUUGCUGCACAAGAGAAUUUCGUGUGUAAAAUGUGUACAUUUUCCGCGGAUUGUAAAGAUAAGAUUGUAAGUCAUAUAAGAGAAGAUCAUUUUAGCAACAUUGACUUACAGAAUUCCGAUUAUGAAAUAGAAGAAGAUUUAUCAGACGACAGUUCAUCCGAUUGCAAUAUAAAACGAAAGUUUAAUCGUUGUCUGUCGAAAAUGAGCUCCGAUAAUACAAAAACCUACCCUAGAAUGGCUUUCUUAGAAAAAGAGAUCAUGCAAAGCUCGCAAUCAACCGAAGUUUAUAAACCAGCUUUACAUUUGACUCUGAAUUUCGAACUGAAAAAUUAUGAAUUGGCGUUGUUUAAAGACGAAACGCCAAAUUGUUUUACGUUGUUGGAAGACAACGAUGCCGCAACGUAUUUGCCAGAGCUAAAGGUUUCGAUGGCCUUCCAACAUGCAUCCGACAAUUCGGAGAGUAUUUCUGAUAAUUGGAAACGCUUGAAUAGGUUUGAGAGUGAUGUCUGUGAAGGUGUGCCAACAUUUUUUGUCGGUGGUCCUGUAUGGUCGUUAGCGUGGUUGCCCAUUCCAUCACCGAUGUAUUCCAAGAACCCGACACAGUACGUCGCAAUUAGCACACAUCCUACGAUGGAGAGCCAGCAUACCGUGGGAAAAAGUUAUUCGGGACCAAACGUCAUACAGAUAUGGGAUGUUGGACCUCUAGAUCACAAAAAUGACAGCGCAAGAAGAUCGCCCGUUUUAGCCUAUGCGAUCACGCAUAACAGCGGUACAGUUUGGUGCUUAGAGUGGUGCCCAUCGGGAUGCUAUCAGGACAUCGAGCUCGGCAAUUACGAAGCAGGCGAGAGUAAGCUCAGGCGAAUGGGAUUACUUGCGGCUGCAUGCUCGGACGGAUGUAUAAAUAUUUAUUCGCUACCGUUUCCGGAUGAACUACAGUUCGAGAAAACGGAACGUAAUUUGUGGCCGAUCUACAAAACCGAUCCGAUAAUAACACUGGUGGCAAAUCUUUUGGUGUACGACAAUAAUAAACAAAACUACAUGUGCACCAGGCUAUCGUGGACGAAGGAACACGGACAUAACUUCAUCGCGGCAGGUUUCUCGAACGGUUACAUCGGAUUGUGGCACCUUACGACUGUCUCACCUUUAGUAAUCACCGUACGGGGGAAUACAAAAUUUCUAGACUCAAUUCAUCAUUUCUUUGCUCAUUACAACGCAGUUACCAUGGUGGCACUAAUUCCACACAACAAAAGUCGAUUCCUCGCCUCCGCCAGCAUGGACAGGUCGUAUAAAUUUUGGGAUCGAGAAGACAUGAGUGGACCGAUAAGUUACAUGAAAAAGGGCAUAAUAACGGACGGCGUGUGGAUGAUGCAUUGGCCUAGCGCGGUUCUUACCUUCGACGACGCGCUUGGGCACCACUACAUGCAUACCCUUGUAGCGCCAUUGAGAGAAUACGGAUACAAGUAUAAUCCAAUUUUACCGACCAACUCGACUACUUAUGGUCUCGCCGUUUCCGAUUACGCUAAUGGUAUUGCACACGGCACUUUAGCUGGACAAGUAAUGACCAUCUUUCCUCACCAACUGUUGUAUGCAGAAAAAUCGUUACCCAAGAAAAGACAGUUGAACUCUUUCAUCGAGACGGUGGAUUUCUCAGACGAGCAGCAACGUGACCAGGCCAAUAAGAGUAAAGAAACGAAGAGUCCCAACGACUAUCAGUAUAUGCCAUACACCUAUAACGAAUGUAAAGAUCGUUUCGGCAUCGUCUUCCACGAUAAUUUAACAAAUUUAAGAAGAAACCUUGCCAGAGAUAAACCUAGAGAUACUCUGAAUAACGACAAGCUGAUGCCUUUCCCUAUCGAACAAUAUCCAUUUACUUCUGUAAACCGGAUGGCUUGGGAUCGAAAUGCCUGGAGCUAUCUGUGGCUCAUGACGGGCUACCAGAACGGUUUGGUGAGACUGUUGAACUUCAAUUCCAUGACCACGACCAGCGAAAUGGACGCUCGGCUGCCUGCGCACGUGGAGUCCAUGCUCAAGAAAAAACAAGUCGACUAGGGCAAAAAUUUCGCGGAUCGCCCCUUGUGUUUAAUAAGAUCCUUGUACAAAAAUGUUAAAUAAAUUUUUUAUAUCGCGAA